AUAACAAUAGACGCAGAUGGAUGGAACGUUAGCCAGUGACCGCUUCUCCUGCAAACAUGUCGCAGGGAAAUAUUGGAGAUCUUUUUAAAACCGCAGGUGAACAACCUCAACAGAUUGAAGCGCUCAUUUCAGGUACUAUACCGACGUGGAUAAAAGGCGGUCUCCUACGCAAUGGGCCAGGACAAUUUGAAGUCGGCAAAGACAAAUACAAUCAUUGGUUCGAUGGACAUUCACUGCUACAUCGAUUCGAUUUCGACAAUGGUGUGGUCAAAUAUCACAGCAAGUUCCUUGAGAGCAAUUCCCGUGCUGAGGCCAUAAAGAAAAAUCGGAUAGUUGUGACUGAGUUUGGGACGGUUACUGCGCCAGAUCCAUGUAUGAACAUUUUCCAAAGGUUUGCUUCGUAUUUCACUCGUCCAACUCCUUCGGAUAACAAUCCGGUCUCGAUCACAAAUCUUGGAGAUGGUGUGUAUGUAUCCACUGACUCGAGAAUCCUUCGAAGGAUCGACCCUGAGACGCUAGAAACAGGGGAGAGGGUUGACAUUUCCCAAUUGGUAGCAGUCAACGUUGUCGCAACUCACCCCCAUACUGACCCCGAUGGCACUUAUUACAACUUAGGUACGAACAUGAAAUCAGGAUGUUACCACGUGAUAAAGAUAUCCCCUGGAGCAAACAAAGCCGAUCCAGUUGAAGGAGCCGAAAUCCUACAUACCAUUCCCAUGGAAAAUAGUAGGAGACCUGCUUACUAUCACAGUUUCUCAAUGACCGUAAACUACAUUAUCUUUCACGAACAGCCUUAUAGAUUUAGUCCAUUAGGACUUCUUACACGAAACUUCAACAAAAAGGGCAUUGAUGAGUUAAUGGAAUUCGACCCUAGUCUCAAGUCGAUAUUUCACAUUUGUGAUAAAAGAACAGGAGAAGUGCGAUCGCUAAAGUAUGUCACUAAACCAUUUGUGAACUUCCAUUCCAUGAAUGCCUAUGAAAAGGACGAUCAUGUUAUAGUAGACGUGUGUGCUUCUGAUGGCGGGGCCCAAUACGAUAGGUUAUAUUUGCGCAGUCUUGGGAAGUUGAUUGAUUCUAAAGAUCUGGAUGAACAAUUCACAAGCGACCAAUUAACACAUCCGAGGAGAUUUGUAUUACCACUAGAUAUAGCUAAAGAUGGUCCUAGAAAUGUGAAUCUCGUUAAACUAGAGGAUGGCUUUACUUCCGCUACCGCGACAUUGAAGAAUGAUGGUUGUAUUCACUUGACAUAUGAGCCUCUACACGAGGAGGACGAAUCUCCCGGCAUAGGAUUUGACUUUCCUACAAUGAACUACAACUUCUAUAAUGGGAGGCCAUAUAGGUACAGCUAUGGGGCGAGGUUCAGCAUCCCCGCAGACAGAAUCAUAAAGCUGGAUGUUCAGAAUAAGACGACGCAGGAAUGGCAAGAAGACGAUUGCUAUCCAUCAGAGCCCAUUUUUGUCCCUGCUCCCGAUGCAUUGAAAGAGGAUGAAGGUGUUGUGCUAUCUCUGGUCUUGAGCCCAAGCAAGGACAAGUCUACAUUCCUCUUGGUAUUGGAUGGGGAAUCCUUUAAAGAACUUGGGAGGGCAACUAUUCCUUACGAUUUUCCAUAUGGACUUCAUGGAGCGUUUGUGUGAGCACUAUUUCGACGAACAGGGACCUAUAUU